AUGAAGUUGCUGAGCUGGAAUAUCAGAGGAAUUGGGAAGCCUACAAAGAGAAGGAAAAUAAGGAAGCUUCUUCUUGAUAAAGCAAUAGAUAUGGCCUUAAUUCAAGAAACAAAACAAUCAAGCACUAAUAUUCUAUGGGUGAAGAGUAUUUGGCCUAGAGACAAGUUUGAAUUUAUGGCUGUGGAUGCUGAAGGCCUAGCAGGUGGUUUGAUUUGCAUCUGGGACCCGGAUAUUUUCAACCUUUCAGACUAUUGUUGCAAUAGAAACUUCAUCCUUCUGUCAGGUAAAAUUCAAAACUCUCUUGAUUGUGUAAUUAUCAACACCCAUGCUUCAAAUGAUGUAGUAAGGAGGAAGGAAUUAUGGGUGACCCUACAAAACCUAAAGCAUUUUUUCUCAAAACCAUGGUGCCUUGGGGGGGACUUUAAUGAGAUCAGAACAGUAGGGGAAAGGAUAGGGGUCUCAUACAGGGACAGGGGCAUGAGGGAAUUCAAUCAAUUCAUAGAUAAUUGUGAGGUGGUGGAUGUACCAAUGAUAGGUAGAAAAUUCACUUGGUGUAAUGCACUGGAUGGGAAUAAAUGGAGUAGAAUUGACAGGUUUCUCAUUAGCCCUGAAUGGUUGAUGAGGUUCAAGCUCAAACUCUUGGGCCUUCCCAGAACUGUCUCUGACCACUGCCCAUUUGUACUUAUGGAGGAUGAAAGGGAUUGGAGGCCUAAACCAUACAAGUUUCUGAAUGCUUGGCUCUUACACCCAAACCUAGCUUCUAUAGUGGAGACCACAUGGAAGGAAACAUAG